CACCCCCCUCCCCUUCCCGCGAUGUCGGAAGAAACCCGACAGAGCAAAUUAGCUGCGGCUAAAAAAAAGUUGAGAGACUACCAACAGAAAAACAGCUUGGGCUCUCCUGCAGGAGUUAAGAAGAAAAAGAAGAACAAACAUGGCAGUAGCCCAGAGACAACCACUUCUGGUGGUUGUGAGUCGUCUAAAGAUAUUCAGGACAUUCUGAAGGUGCUGGUGUCCGACCUUAACCGCUCCAAUGGGGUAGCGCUCCCCCCAUUGGACAAGAGGAAGGCGCCCUACGAUCGCGCCACUCCUGCAGAGACACCGGCUGAUAACACCACCACCAUGGCACCUGGUGUCCCUUCUCCCGAUGCCGCCCCCCCUGAUGUUAACAGCACGGCGUCCACUCAGAGCUGUGACGCUGAAAAUAUUUCUAGUUCCUUGGAUGAGAACAUGGCUUUCUCUUCCACCGAAGGCCUAAGACAGCUCUCCCAUCAGCUGAAUGGACUUACAUCAGAGCCUCCCUCCUAUGUCAACGGGGAAGACCAGGCGUCUAUUGUUAACAUAAAGGAUCUGGAGAGCCGGUAUCAAGAACUAGCACUAGCCCUGGACUCCAGCAAUCUAACAAAUAAGCAGCUCACUAGCAAGAUAGAAGAACUGAAACAACAGAACCAGGAAACUUUGGAUCAACUGGAAAAAGAGAAGAAAGACCACGAGCAGAAGCUUGUGAGGGAGCAAGGCACUCUCCGGGAACAGUUACAGAUUCACAUCCAGACCAUCGGGAUUCUGGUGUCUGAGAAGACAGAGCUGCAGACUGCGCUGGCCCACACUCAGCAGGCAGCCAGGCAGAAAGCAGGCGAAUCGGAGGAACUGGCCGGUCGCCUCCAGUCUACGCGUCUGCGUGUUGGCGAGCUGGAGCGCACUCUCUCUGCUGUUUCCACCCAUCACAAACAGACUGACCGGUACAACAAGGAACUAAUCAAAGAGAGAGACGCCCUCAAACUGGAGUUAUACAAGAACAACAAAACCAAUGAGGACCUGCAGCAGUGCAACUCCGAGCUGGAGGAGCGGCUCCGGCUCUUGUUGAAGGAGAAGGACACCACGCAGGCGAGACUGGAGGACCUGGAGAAGAAGCUGGAGAUGUCUGAGCUGCUGUUGAAGCAGUUCUCUGGUCCAUCCGAAGUCCCUGACGGCCAGCAGUCACCCCCGGCCCCGCAGGCUCACCAGAACAUCCAUGUGGAACAGCUCAAGGAAUCGCUCCAGCGGCUGCGGGUGGAGAGAGACCUGUUUGCCGAAAGGCUGAGGGAGGAGGGUAACACCUGGCAACAGAAGUUGCAACAGGUCUUGGAGGGGAUGAGAAAGCUAGAGGAGGAGAAGGAGCACAGCACCACCCAGGUCCGGGACCUGGAGAACACCGUGGCGGAGCUGAAGAGUCAGCUCGCUGUGCUCCCAGCCCCGGAAACACCAGUGGGGCCUUCCGAUGUGGAGCAGCAGCAACAGCAGGCAGAAGCCCAGGCGCUCCGAAAGGAGCUGGAGAGCCUGGAGGAGAAGCUUCUGGUUCAAGUCCGUGACAACGAAGACCUGAGCCGCCUGAACCAGGAGCAGGAAUUCCGCCUGCGGGAGCAAGAGCUUCGCCUGCGGGAGCUUGAGAGAGCUGCGGAGAGCUGGGACGAGCAGGCCGAGGCCCGGAAACAGGUCUUGGCCGAGAUUGAGAGUGACCGGACCACGAUCAGCCGGGCCGUGUCCCAGAACCGUGAGCUCAAGGCGCAGCUGGCCGAGCUGCAGGACGGAUUCAUCCGUUUGUCCAAUGAGAACAUGGAGCUGACCAGCUCACUCCAAACGGAGCAGCACAUCAAGAGUGAGCUGGCCAAGAAACUCGGCCAGCUGCAGGAGAAGUUGGCAGAGCUGAAGGAGACAGUGGAGGAGAAACAUCAAGAAGCUCAGGAGCUACAGCAGCAGCGGGACCAGUACCUUAGUCACCUUCAGCAGUACAUGGCUGCCUACCAGCAGCAAGUGGCCGCGUACCAGCAGCUGGCCAACGAAAAGGAAGUCCUGCAGAAGCAGGUGCUGCUUAACACCCAGCUUGUCAACCGAAUGCAGGGCGAAGAAGCACAGGGCAAGAUGGAGGUCGAGUUGGCCCAUCAAGAGCUGCAGGAAACACAGGGCCGCCUGGAGGCUGCCAGCAAGCAGAACCAGCAGCUGCAGGCCCAACUGAACCUCAUGGCUCAGACUGGAGCAAUAAAUGGACUGAACAGUGAGGAGGAUGAGGAGGAAGACGAGGGUCCCCUGCCAAAGCUAAGCAUCCCGGAUGACCUAGACAGCCGCGAGGCCAUGGUGGCAUUUUGUAACUCGGCCUUGGCCAGUGCUGAGGAAGAGCGGGCGCGGCUGCGUGGGCAGCUAAAGGAGCAAAAGCUACUCUGCCGGCGCAUGGCUCAGCAGGCGGCCCCACUGGACCAGGAGCCCGAGAAGACAGAGGCCCCAGCCCCUGGGGCCGCAGGGGGAAGUGUGCCUGGAGAGACCCACCAGGCCCUUCAGGGAGCCAUGGAGAAACUGCAGGGCCGCUUUACCGAGCUCAUGCAGGAGAAAGUAGACUUAAAGGAGCGGGUGGAGGAGCUGGAGCAUCGAUGCAUCCAGCUCUCUGGAGAGACUGACACUAUCGGAGAAUACAUCGCGCUCUACCAGAACCAGAGAGCGGUGAUGAGGGAGAAGCACCGGGAGAAGGAGGAGUACAUAAGCCGGCUGGCCCAGGACAAAGAAGAGAUGAAGGUGAAGCUGUUGGAGCUGCAAGAGCUGGUUUUGCGGCUGGUGGCGGAGCGCAAUGAAUGGCAGGCGAAGUUCCAAGCAGCUGACCAGAACCCGGCUGCCGAGCGCACUAGUGCACACCCGGCUCCCAAGGAGCCUGGCGCCGCCAGCGGCCAAGAACUGAGUGAGGUGAGCCUCGCCGACGACAUGCAGCCGACCCAGGGAGAGGCCCAGCUGGGCCAGACUCCCCUCGAGAACGCCACUGCACAGCAGAUCGUUCAGCUGCUUCAAGAAAUACAGAACCCCCGGGAACGCGUCACCAUUGGAAACAGCCCCUGCAUUCCCUUCUUCUACCGGGCUGACGACAACGAGGAGGUGAAGAUAAUGGUGGUCUAGGCUACUGGCAUGGGGCUGAGGGCUCUGCCCGCACCUGGCCCUCACCAACAUCCCUGGUCCCCAGGCUUUCCCACCCUGUCCUUUGGCUCUCCUUCCUAGUUGUCCUUGUAUCCCUAGGCUUAAAAAAGGGGUAUAAUAACUCCCCUAUCUAAUAGGGGGAAACAGGUGCAGACCCUAGCCUUUUAGGUUAGGGCUGUGUCUUGAUCUCUGGGCUAAUCAUACUUCCAGAGACAAGGAGCUAGAAACAUCCAGCUAGUUAUUUAGGGAGCUCCUUGAUGACCAAUUUAAUCCUUACCAGGCCUUCUUGCAGAGGGCCUAGGUUCUAUUCAGGCAUUUUGGGGCCAUGUGCCCCCCCACCCCACCCCGACCAUGUGGAGCGGGACAGCACUUUGAAGGCCCUGCAUGGGGGCUCAGUCCAGACAGAGAUACCAGCUGGUGCAGGUGGGCACCGACACCUGUCUAGACUGUAGCCACAGAGAUAGCAGUGGCUUAUUUGAGACCACCCCAAAUCCACAAAGGGGUGGCCUCCCCUGCUCCCUUUUGAAAUUUCCCCACGGGCCUUUGCACCGAUUUUGUUUGUUUUUGUUUUUUUAAUUUUUUGUUGUACCUGAUAAUUAUUUUGAUUUUUCUUUUCGUCUUUUUACUUUUUGUUGCACCCAAUUAUUUUGGAGGUGAUCCCUAUCUGCAGAGGGGAGGCCUCUCCUACUACCUACCCAUGGGCAUCUGUGCCCGAUUAUUUUGUAGGCACCCUGACCUGCAAAGGGGGGGCCUCUGCUCACUACACAAGUCUUGCGGGCUUGAGGUUACUGUCCCCCUCACAAAAGUCCCGCAGGCACAUGAGGCCACCCCAAUCUGCAAAAGGCGUGGCCUCCCCCACCCCCACUCAUAAAAGGCCCGUGGGUAUGAGGCCACCCCAAUCCACAAAGGGGUGGCUUCCACUUGCUGUCUUUACAAAAGUCCCGUGGGCCUCUGUGCCUAAUUAUUUUGGAGGCCAUCCCGGAUCUGCAGAGGGGUGGCCUUCGCUGCUUCUUUUACAAGAAGUCCCCAUAGAGGGGAUGCAUGGCUUAUUCAGGCAAUUUGGGGGUACACACAUACUCCCCCAACCAUGUGGAAAACUGGGCUUGGCUCAGAAGCAGGGCCGCAGUGGCUGGUGGAGGCCGGGCGGAAGGCGCAUGGGCGCCCCGCGGUGUACAUACUGUACUGUAACAUUUGUAUAUCGGGGCUGAGACAGCCCCUGUAUCAUAGGCUGAGGUGGCCCCUGGGAGAGGAGGUUUCUAUUAAUUAUUUGACAUCGAGGAAACUUAUUUAUUGAUAGCCUAGGACAGAUGAAGGAGGCAAGGACAGGGUGUGGUUCCUGGGUGUUUCACUUUAUUUCUGAAUAAACUGAAUUUACCACGUGGCUUGGACUGGUGUGUCUCGGUGG